UCCACACCGCGCACUGGUCAAGUACAGAGCGCGCAGCGCGGCGCCAGAGGAGGACACGGUGCGCGCUUUUUGUUGUUUCCAGUGGACUUUACGCAGAUGAAAUAGCCACCUCUUGGUUGUUUUUGUUUUAACCACAACACCGUUUCAUUCCCGGGGGCUAAAAACCUGCAUCUCGGUCAUAAUUAAAGUGUGGCUCGGCAGCGGGGAGGAGAGAGAGACACCGAUCAUCCCGGGACCGGAGUGGAAACCUGUCCCCCGUGCGCAACGGAAUACUGAGCCGCUCGCGUGUUUGACAGCUGCGUGGAGACAGUGAGGGGGGACUGACUGUGAAGUUUCCCCCACGAGUGUGUCAGCCUGCUCGUGGACUGCUGAGAAAAAAAGUGUUGUGGAGGGUUGCCCCCCCCCACACACACACCACCACCACCCCCUGCUCCAAUGCGUCGCUUCCCCGCAUCCUGAUGGACUGAGAACGGUAGAAUUUUUUUGGAAUAGCCUUCCCUCUUUUUCUUUUUCCAUCAGUUUUACUCGAUAUCUCAGCCCGAAAUGCUGCCCUGUAUUAUUUUCAUCGCCUUGUUUGUCACUGCGGUCCAAUCCCAAGAUAUCCAUCCCUCACAGGCAUCAUCCGCGAUUAGCGAGUCUUGUGACUCCUUGUGCUCCUGCGAGGGGAAAGAUGGCAUCCUUCAUAUUAACUGCGAGCAGAGAAACAUCAGCAAGAUCUCCCAGAUCAAAGUCCCGGCAGGUGUGCCCUUCCACCUGAACCUUUACAAAAAUGACUUGGUUGAGCUGCGUGCAGAGGAAAUGGAAGGGCUUAACAAUGCCCUGUCGCUGCACAUCGGGGGUAACAGCAUACAAGAGCUGGAACCGGGGGUCUUUAGCACUCUUAGUUCGCUGAAGAAACUCCACAUAAAUAGCAAUUUCCUCGUCACCUUGAAAGAGGACACUUUUCAAGGCCUGGUGAAUUUGGAGUUCCUCCAGGCGGACACUAAUUUCAUCCAGGUCAUCGAGCCGGGGGCCUUCAACAAACUGAUCCGCCUCAAGGUCCUCAUCCUGAACGAUAAUUCCAUCGAGUUUUUACCCAACAACAUUUUCCGGUUCGUGCCCCUCACACACCUGGACCUGCGUGGAAACAAGCUCCAGACACUGCCCUACGUCGGGUUCUUGGAGCACAUCGGAAGGAUCAUGGAACUUCUCCUCGAGGACAAUGACUGGGUCUGUGACUGUGACAUUUUACAUUUGAAAAUAUGGAUGGAGAACAUGAGGGCCCAGUCAGCAAUCGGGGACGUGGUCUGUAGCACGCCGCAUCACCUUAAGGGAACCAUUCUGGCAAAGGUGAAGCGGGACGUCCUGUGCCCGUCCCACGCGGAUAUCAACCUGGAGGAGCCGUCAAAGUCACUGGAUAUGGUUGUUACUCCCUCGUCCAAAGUGUCUCCGAAUCCUAAGUUGAUCAACGCCAAAGACGACGCCAAGGCACCGACACCCUCCCACUUUCCCGGCAGUCCCUGUGUGGAACACUGCUCCUGCCACAAUCACCCCGUGGUUGGGUUUUUGAUGCAUUGUCAGGACAGAGGGAUCCAAAAGGUGUCGGAUAUCGGAAUACUUCAGCAGAGCCCCACAAAGCUGGUCAUGACGGGAAACAUGAUCCAGAAACUCUUGAAAUAUGAUUUUGUCACGUAUGACAGUUUGGAAUUGCUCAACCUGGCGAACAACAGAAUUGAUUACGUAGAUAAUGAAACUUUCCUCAGCCUGAGCAGUUUGAAAAAGCUCUACCUGAACGGCAACAGGAUUGAAAAGCUGUUCUCCACAAUGUUUGUGGGGCUGCACAACCUUGAAUUCCUGUAUCUGGAAUACAACCUUAUCAAAGAGAUCGCUCCGGGCACAUUUAAUCCCCUGCCAAACCUGAAGCUCUUGUCAUUAAAUAACAAUCUGCUCAGCUCUCUUCCGGCGCAGAUAUUUCGCAAUGUGCCCCUCACCAAGUUAAACCUGAGGAAGAAUCUACUUAUGCACCUGCCAGUAAGCAACGUGCUUGAUCAACUCGACGCGCUCGAGCAGAUUUAUUUAGAGGACAACCCCUGGGACUGCAGCUGUGACUUGCUCAGCCUCAAACAAUGGGUGGAGAAACUCAGAAAGGACACGGUGGUGGGUUCCAUUUUGUGUCACACCCCAAAGAAUGCGAUGCAGGCUGAGCUGAGGAGCCUGCGUCAUGAGAUGCUGUGUCCUGGUUUAGGGACGUACUACCCAGGUGAGGAGAGUGUGACAGCCACGCUGGGGCCUGACAGCAUUGGCAAGGGUUUUUUCAGCCCACUCACGGACACUGUCCCCCUCUCUGUGCUCAUCUUGAGCCUUCUUAUUCUUGCUCUCAUGGUUAUAUUCUGCUCUGCCGGGCUGGUGGUGUUUGUGGUUCACCGGCGGCGGAGAAGGGCCAAGAAAAAAGCAGCGGAGGAGCAGCCAAGAGAAAACACCAACAGUAGUCCCAUCCACUUACACUACAGCAUGUAUGGGCAGAAAACCACACACCACACUCUGACCCAAAGAACUGGGUCUGCAACUCUGUAUGAGGACAGAUCACACAGUCCCAUUGUUCAGAUCUGCCGCAACCCCACCUACUGCUCCCAGCACAAGGAACAUGACGCAGAUUUGGAUUAUAGCCUCGACGAGCCCAGCGGCAAGCAUCACGUCUGCCGGAGCAUCAUGGAGAAAGAGAACACUUCUCCCCUGACGGGGAACCCCAGCUCAAAGUUCAGACCCAUGACCGGAGAGUGCCCUGCAGAGUUUGUCACGCUCGGGAACCCCAACUCUCUGUACAGGAACAUCCUCGAGAAGGAGAAGGAGCUGCAGCAGCUCGGAAUAACCGAGUACCUUCGGAAAAACAUGCCCCAGCUUCAGUCCGCUGUGGACAUGCACGUCCCUGGGCACCAGGAGGAGUUAAAGCUAAUGGAGACAAUUAUGUACUCGAGGCCGCGCAAGGUCAUGCUCGAGCAAACUAAGAACGAGUACUUUGAGCUUAAGGCUAACCUGCAUUCUGAGCCAGACUACUUGGAGGUUCUGGAGCAUCAAACUGCAUUUAACUGAGCUUAGGCAGAAAAAAAACGAUAUAUAUAUUGUGUUUUGAACCAAGUGCCUUGUCCCGUUUGCCCUGCUGUACGUUCCACAGUGUGAAAUAUGUAUCAUGGGCACAUCACUUUAAGUUUAACAGUAGCACAGAAUGUAACUGGGUUAUAUUUUUUUUUUGUUGUUGUUACUAUCUAUUGACAGCCAUUUUAUGUAGCUGGUGAAAGGUGUCAUAUAUAUUUUUGGCCAAAUGUAACUUACAGGAAGCUGUCGCAGUCUGUUGAGCAGGCCUCUUUGGAAUCCACUCAAUCAAGGUUUUAUGAUUGAUUAAAUUUUCAUGGCUUUAUCGCAGCCAAAUGAAUUGAUCCCCCCACACACACACACACACACACACCCUACAUCUGAGGAUAAAGCAGAUGUUUGGGAAGAAAUGAGUGAAUUUCAAUCACCACUUGACCCAGAAAUGCUGUUUAAUCAGUCUAUCCUGGCUCAGUGUGACCUGAUUCG